UGUAUAAAAGAUUCCCUCAGAUUUUCAGUGUGAAUCAUCACUCUCAUACAUCCCUGACCAUGCAACUUUCUGUGCUCCUAAGCGCGCUUAUAUCUUUCGUCAUUCUUGCUACAGCGUCACCCACGCCUGGAGCCAUCUCGAAACGUUCCUUCGAGGGAAACACGCUUGACACGAACUUUGGACGCGAUCUCCUAGUAGAGAGCAAGGAGCGCAAGGAACUUGAGUCACGCAUCGCUUACGACGACGACGACUUCCCAAGCACUGGAGGCAAGGAGUGCGAUGAA